CGAAAGAGAUAUCAGAAUCUAUGAAUCUGAUUGGAUGCAAUAUUAUCUCAAUGGCUCAGCUCAGCUUGAGGUUGAUCAGUUUAUAAAUAGUUCAGCUCCAGUCUAUGGAGCUAAAGGAUCAGCUCAACUUA